GAGAACCGCAAUAAGCCCAGUGCCUAUAUAGUACAUCGCAUUGCGUCUGCUGAACAGGUGUUUGAGCUCACGAAAUCUAAAUCUAAACAAACCUACGUCAAGACUACAAUAUGGUCACAAACGGCACAAAAGUUGAUCUUCCUCUGCCUGCCGCUACACGCCUCCGUCAGCUCCUCGCUGAAAAGGACAUGAUAGUCGCACCCGGAGUCUACGAUGGGUUCAGCGCCAGGAUCGCCCUAGAUGUCGGCUUCGACUGUCUAUACAUGACCGGUGCGGGCACUUGCGCCUCCAAGCUGGGCCAACCUGACCUCGGCUUCGCAACUCUGAAUGACAUGCGCGAGCAUGCCGAAAUCCUUGCGAACCUUGAUCCUACCACACCCUUGAUAGCAGACGCGGACACGGGUUACGGUGGUCCUAACAUGGUUGCCCGGACAGUUCAGCAGUACCACCGUAGCGGCGUCGCAGCAUUACAUAUCGAAGACCAGAUCCAGACGAAGCGCUGUGGACACCUUGGUGGGAAGCAGGUUGUCCCCGUUGAUAUUUUCGUAUCGAGGAUAAGAGCGGCCGUUGCAGCGAGGAAGCAGCUUGGCUCUGACCUUGUGGUGAUUGCGCGGACAGAUGCGCUUCAGACAGAUGGGUUCGACGAGGCAAUCGUGAGACUCAAAGCCGCUGUCGAGGCUGGUGCAGACGUCGCAUUCUUGGAAGGGGUCACGAGCGCCGACGAGGCCCGCGAGGUCUGCCGUUUGCUUUCUCCGACACCAGUGCUGCUCAAUAUGGUAGAAAACGGGGCCACGCCGUCUUGGACACCAGAGGAAGCGAGGGAGUUGGGGUUCAAAAUCAUUAUAUUCCCUUUUGCGGCACUGGCCCCGGCGUAUGAAGCUAUCCAUGAAACGUACGCGAGGAUCAAGAAGAGUGGGAGAACUGGAAUCAAUCCGGGGUUCACACCGAAGAAGCUGUUCACUCUCGUCGGGUUGAAGGAUGCCGCGAAGAUUGAUGAAGCCGCCGGGGGCAGUUUGUAUGGCAAGGUAUAAAACCGUGGGGGUAUUAAUGGUGCAUGUGGUCACAGUUUACAUUAAUAUUCGGUUUCUAAGGCUCAAUGUGUGAUAUAACGUUUAGUUGUACAAUGGCAAGUUCAGACACUCAUCGGGCCAGUCAAAUGUAAAUGGAUCAGCGAGAGCGAAUUGGUCGAAAUCUAUGAUGGGCUG